AGGGGAAGGUCGGUCAGUCAUCACGAAUUCCAGUGAUUCAUACAAAGUAAUUUGCAAUUAUUUUGGUUUCGUUUUUGUAUUACCUAACUCAUUUUUAUAAUAGACAUGAAUUAUAGUUACAGUGAAAAAUAAAAAUAAUCCGUGCGAUGCAGAGAACUGCAUGGAUUAUGUCCGACGCGUCAGUUUUUUUUUAUAAAAAAAAUAUUUAAUUUACCUGGUGGAAGUGUCUUCGAAGACAAUGCCUUUCAACUUCUUGUGCUGCGUGAGGCCCGGUGUGGAGGACAUCGUGGAGCUGGACUACUCGCACCAGUCGCUGACGGAGGUACCUACCGACGUGUUUGUGUACGAGCGCACGCUUGAGAUCCUGCUGUGCCAGAGCAACCGCAUCACGGAGUUGCCGCGCCAGCUCUUCAUGUGCCAUGGCCUCAAAUACUUGAACCUCAGCGACAACGAGCUGCAAGUCAUACCUAACGCUAUAUCGUCUCUGGUAAAUCUCCAACAUUUUAAUAUAAGUCGGAAUACGCUCGCUUCUAUACCCGACACAAUGAAGGCAUUGAAAUAUCUAAUGUUCUUGGAUCUCAGUGUUAACCCAUUGGAGAAGCUGCCAGACGCCAUCACCAAUCUUAUUGCACUCCAAGACUUAUAUCUUAAUGACACUUAUCUUGAGUAUCUUCCUGGAAACUUUGGACGUCUUGCAAACUUAAGAAUUUUAGAAUUGAGAGACAAUUAUUUAAUGAUACUUCCCAAAUCCCUUUCACGUUCAACAGAACUCUUAAGAUUAGAUAUUGGACAAAAUGAAUUUCAACAAUUUCCAGAAGUAAUUGGGAAAUUUUUAAAACUAAAAGAAUUAUGGAUAGACAACAACAGCUUCACUGACAUACCAUCUGUAAUAAAACCUUUAGAACAUUUGAUACAUUUGGAAGCAAGUAACAAUAUGAUUGAAGAGCUAGCUCCAGAAAUUGGAUAUUGCACACAGUUGGUAGAUAUCAGUUUGUCAUCAAAUAGUUUGACCCAACUUCCAGACAGUAUUGGACAACUAAGCAAUUUGACUACUCUUAAACUGGACAACAACAGAUUAUAUUGUAUACCUGAAAGCAUAGGGCAACUAGCAAGCCUUGAAGAAUUAAUGCUGAUGAGCAAUUAUUUGGAAAAAAUACCUUCUUCCAUUGGCCUUCUUCGAAAAUUACAAUAUUUAAAUAUUGAUGAUAAUAUGUUACGAGCAAUUCCUCCUGAAAUUGGGAGCUGUGUGAAAUUAUCUGUGUUAUCCCUACGAGCAAAUAAAUUAACAAAGAUCCCUCCAGAAAUUGGCCAUUUAUCUUCUUUAAAAGUUUUAAACUUGGUGAGAAACUCACUAAGUUGUCUUCCUCAGUCCUUAUUAAAUUGUGAUAAUUUAGUAGCCCUCUGGCUAUCAGAAAAUCAAAGCAAACCUUUAGUGCCUAUGCAUUCUGAAGUGGAUCCCCAAACUUAUGAACAAGUCCUUACUUGUUUCCUCUUCCCCCAAGUGCCUUUAACCCCCAUUGAUGUGAAAUCUGAUAAUGAAAAACCUGAAAAUACAGAGACACAGUCUUCUGCUCGCCAUAUUAGUUUUGUAGAUAUGAAAGCAACUCCUAAAAUCCCUGAAAAACCAGGCCAGCUUCGGAGAGCGCCUACCCCUUAUCCAAAGGAAUUGAGGGCGUUGGCUAAACAUGCCAGAAAUAUACACAAAGAUGGUGCCCAAGAUGUAACUCCUAUGCAGAAUGCUGUACACAUUAAAGCUGCCAAAAUUACACCCACAUUGCAGCAGAGAUUUGCAUCUGAUAACAAGAAAGAAAUAGAAGAUCAGGACAACCCUGAUGGCACACCUCAAGAUGCCAUGAAAGUAUCUGUGUAUGACAACCUACCAACAGAUAAUACAUAUGAUAAACCUUUGGAUCUUACAUAUGAGCCAGAUAGAACCUACAAAAGUGUUGAUCAUGCUUUAUAUCCUGAAAAUGAGGGAGCCCCAAACAAUGAAUUUAAAAAUGAUGGUUCAGUACAUUGUCGUUUACCACAACAUCAAUACAGUACAAAACAAAAUGAAAAAUAUGCUUCUAGACAAGAUGUUGAAAGAAAUAGUGCACCUCUACCACAAAAUAUUUAUGGUAGUCACAAGGAACAUAAUUAUCAACAUGCAAAUGAUGGUACUUAUAGGAGCAGUUUAGACGAAACUCGUAAUCGCUUGCAGAGAUUAAGUCUCAGCUCCCAAGACAGACAUUCAAAUAAUGAAACUAUAUUAGCACCAACUUUUGAAGGCAGCCAAUACCAUGCCAGAAAUAUAGUGAAUUUGCCUCCUUUCGAGCCCCAGUACGCAAGGAAAGAUCAAGUUAUGUGCCAUACAGUACCAGAAGGAAAUUAUCACGAAAGUGUUUAUGACAGUGAUACUUACGCUCAGGCUAAAGAAAAAAUGUUCCAACGCAAUUACGAUUACGGUUAUCAUCCGCGCGGCAGCCGCGAUUUGCCGAGUCCAAGGCUUCAUACCGUGAGUCAGGUGGUAAGUUCAACAACUAUGCCAAAUCUGAGUAACUAUAACAAUAUGUACCCAGGUUCCAGUGCAGAUGGCCAUCGAUACACUCCAACCAUUCAUCAAACUCCUACAAACGCUAAUAUUUACGGUAUAGCUGCAUCAAGUCCUACUUAUGUAUCAUCACAAUCGCCGGAGUUGUAUUCUCCUACUGGUCAUACUAAUACGACAAAUCCGUAUCGUAUGACGAACACUCCGCUAAUUUCCGAUGAUGGUAGUUACAGUCAUGUGCACUCCCCAACUAGUCAGAAUAUGUAUGACUUGUAUGAUGCUAUACCAGCUUCUUCAAAUCCACCGAGUGUGAUUGCCCACCACCGACACAGUCCUAGCGGGUUACCAGAGCCGGUGUACGGUCGCCAGCCUCCGCCUUACCACAUCGCGGCUCCGUACACUAAGCACGCGCAAUAUUUUAAUGGCACGGGCGGAUAGUGGCGACAGAAAAAGGGAAACCCGUCAGGUUUCUCGCAGGGUUAUUGUGAACACUGUGAACAGUUUUAAAUUUUAUUUAUGCCUUUUUUCAGUAUCUGUUUUUUUUAGACGUGCAAUUAAAUGUGAUAAUAAUGUAAUAAUGGCGAAUGUAAUUGUUGAGGUGCUAAGAGACGGAUCAUGUUAUGGAAUGUUAUCCAAAAGAAUUGCAGAGAUGGUUACUUUUUUAAUAAUUUGUAAGUUAACUUCUAUGCCUCUUAACCGAAAUUGGGGCAGUACGAUAUAUUAUUAUAGGAGACAGUUUUGUAGGUACUUGUUAAGUACGAGGUGUAACAACUAUGUUGUUUCAUUAUAUUGUUAUGAAUGUAGAUUACUAUGGAUAUUGGGAUGAUAGUUCAAGUUAUUGUUUAAAAUGCGAAAUUUUAAUACAUUGACUUUUUUAUUGCGUGACUUUGACGAGAGCAUAUUAAAUAUGAAAAUAUUAUGGAGUAAUAAGGUAAUGAAUAAUAGAAAAUGAUUGAUGGAAUAUGUAAUGUAGAUAAUAAUAAAUUAAUAAUUAUAAUAUGUAUGAUAAAUAACAAUUGACUAUAACAUGACAUCUCCAAGGCUUGCAUAAAAUUAUCAUUUCUAUAUAAUUAUAUUUUUGUAUUAAAUAUCUUGUGAUACUAUUAUACUUUACAUUUGUAUUUUUCAAUAUUUUUUUAUUUUCUAUUAAAGCAUUUUACAAUGAUUCCAAGGUAUCAUAUUACUAUAGCACUUGAAUGUAAAAAAUAUGUAAAUAUAUUUUUAUAUAAAUACCUACUUAUGAAGUCUAUUCAGCACUGUCCUACCUACAGCUAUAGUUAUGUCUCGUAUUUUUUUUUAUUACGUAUAUAGUCACUUAUAUUUUUGAUUAUCGCUCACGAAUUUUAAUAUUAUUGGCGCGAAAUUAUGAUUUAAAUUAUGUUUAAUGUUAAAGAAAUAUUUGUUGUGAAGAAUAUAAUUUAAAAGGUCUCAAGAGUUUAAUGUUCUGGUGUCAUAUAAAAAUAAUUUUAAACAUAUUAUAAAUUAUACCUAUAUGAACAUGUAUUAUAAUAAUUAACUGUGAUUAUUUGAAGAAAUCACAUACGUAAAUAUAAGGUAACUAACAAUUAAUACCUAUCUGAAGUAUUAUGCAAUAGUUUAAAAAACUCUAGUCAUUAUGCAAUUAAGUAAUAGGUAUAAAUAUGUUGAAAAAAUAUUUUUGGUGGAAAAAAAUACUUACUCGAAAUAUUUUGGGACCAUAAUUAUUAGGGCGUCAAAAUUGAAAAUUGUACUUACUUGUUUUAUAAAAUUUUCUUACGGAAACUUUUAUAUGUAUAAGUGAAUAUGGUCACAAAAUUGAUUGUAAUGUUUAAUAUUGUCUGUUAAAAUUUUGUGGACAUUUAUCUAAUGUUGCAAUGCUAUUAUUAAAAGUAACUCAGUUAUUGCAAUUUAACUUUAUAUGUUUACUCGGAAGGUACUUUGUUGUAGGGCUUGAGUACCUACAUCCUAUAUAGUAAAUGAGUUUUGUAAAUAAAUCCUUCCAUAGGUUUAGAUAUGAAAAAGUAUGUAAAUAACUCGAUAAGAACUAUUAAUAUUCUGUCAUUUUAUAUUAAGUUUACUCCAGAAGCUAUAGGACUCAUAUCGUUACUAAAUCAUUGGGCAAUAUCAACAUUUUUAGCCAAUGUUACCUAAAAUAUAGCGACAAAAUGACUUCCUCUUUAUAUAUGAAUUAAUUUCUAUAAAUAUGAGGUAAAAUAUGACAAAGUUACGUUGCCUAGUACUGUCGUUAAGGAUAUGAGUGCUGUUGCAAAUAUGUCUAUUAAUAACUUAUAAUCUAAUGUUUGUAUUACGUGAAAACCAAAACGCUACACCUUCUGAAGACUGAAACCUAAAACAUAUCAUUUAACCGAGUAUUUUCUUGUAACUAUAUUAAUUUAUUUAAUGGUGUCUAUAUUUCAGUAAGUUAUUAUGCAAGAUGACAUCCUACUUAUGAAACUGUAUAUUUGUACAUAUUAUUACGCAUGCAGUAAAAUCACAUAUUAUAGCUACCUAUUUGUGUUAUCGAUGUCAAAUAUUAGUCUGAUUAGCUCGACUAGAAGGGCACUGGGAAAAGUAGAAUAGUUUAUCGUAAGAGGCACUAUCUACAUGGGUAAUUCAAUAGCGAGCACAUGAUAAUGAAUUAUAUUAAAUGUGCUAGAAGUCAAGGAACUUAAUUUAAUAAUAUUUCUUAUAUUCAUUAGCAGCAAUUAAGUUUCCUGGCUAUUAAUUAUGAGGUGUUAAUUGCAGUUUUGUGUUUCUAUCAAUAUACAACUACUUUAGUUAUCUAUGAAUGUUAGACCACCAAUAAUCACUAUACUUUUAAUUCAAGUGAAUUUAAAUAUCUACGUCAAAAACUGGUGUCGUUGUUAAUAGAUUGUAAGUAUACAUACAUCUUUUGGAAAUUUUGGAAGUCGUAACUUUUCCAAAACUCGCGUGCAUGGCCUAUCCAUUUUCUUUUGUACUGGGCGGAAGUGUCUAUGUAACCCGACGACGAUUGUCGACACAGGUAUAAUCAGUAUCAGUGCUCUUCCUUAAUGUGCCAAUGUUACUAAUUAACAAAAAAAGAAAAUCGCCCAUAACCACUUGCUCACACACACACACACACACACACACACACCUACAUCUAUUGACUCAAAAAAUUCGCGAUACCCCUCUGUCCAAUACCUAUAACUCUGUAAAAGCUCGAAAAUUUUACUAAAUUACUUACCUAUAUAUUGCGCAAUAUCUACAAAUAAAAUAGGCACAUGAGAAAUCACCUAGGCACCUACCUACCCACUUUCAUACUAAUACAGAAAAUCUAGCUGUUAUAUCUACCUAUUUGCCAUUUAAAACAAACAAUUACAGUGUACAAAGUAUAUAAACAGCAGUUAACAAGUUGAAUUAAUGUAUUUCUGUGAUGUUAACUAAUAAAUUAUGUAAUAAUUAAUGAUUGUUUACGAGUAGGUAGAUACCUAAAUGCAGUUUUAAAGCUUUGAAAUGAAAUACUUUGGUACAUACGUUUAUAAAUUUUUAAAUUGCCCGAAUCUGUAUUGUAAUAUGAAAAUUUUUGUGCCAUAUACCCACAUUGAAAAGUUCGUCCCGGAAAAUCCAGUGCAUUGACAUUGUACCUACUAUAAGAUGAUCAAACAUUAAAAACAAGAUUAUCAUUAAGUAUUCAUGACCAAUACUGUUGAGUUUACAGUACAAAACGAUUUUAUACUUGGCAUUUUUGAAUACGAGGGCCUAAUCGCUCUAUUAUGUAAAAUUAAUCGUAAUUAGAGCUCCAUAGACGGUCAAUAGGCACUAACUAUCCCUCACUUGAAACGUUGCAAAUAACUCUUCAGUGAACUUUUAUUGUCCAUAGAAACUAAACACUUUAGUAGCCUCGUAAGACCGACAUCCAUACAUAAUAGUUAAACAAUGGAGUUUAAUUUGAAUUUAUAAGGACUUUAGGCCUUACGACUACUUAUAGAACUGCGCCAUGACUAGUGGAGCACUAAAUACGCCAUUUGAAUGAAAAUAAGUAAAAUAACUCGGAUAAGAAAUGUUUAUGUUUAAAACAUAUAAGUCAUUGAACAGGGAUACCUAUGUUUUAUUUAUGUGACAGCAGCGUUUAUAAUUUUAAUUUUGUAGAAAUCUUAAACAGGUUUCAAAUAAUUAUGCUUCAUCAACAUUAAUUAAGCAGCGGUAGAGUAGGAUUUAAUAAAAUGUUUGAAAUUGUA